AUGGAUCGAAUGGAUCUCGAGAGAAGGUUGAGGAUACCUCCAACAUCAGAUGAAAAAUCCCUAAUCGGCGUUGUGAAUGUGAAUGUGGAUGGAUAUGGAUGUGGAUGUACGGAGCAUUUUUUAAUGGUAAUGUUUUCAAUAAGGAUAAGAGGGAUGGAAAGAUUGCUUGCUCUAUCACCAAUUAUUCCUAAUAGAGGAAAGGUUAGAAUGCUUCUUCUUCUUUUGAGUGAAGGCAUGGAAGGAACAAGAUUUCAGAAUGGCACGAUUUUCGUAUCAAUUGAUGGCUCUGCUCCGGUUAGAAAAGUCGCGUUUUCAUGGUUUUCAUUGGUCCCUGAUCCAUUUUACGUAUUUCCUCCUUCCGGUGCAUACCUAUCUUUUCCUUAUAUUGAUCCUGGUCCCCUUGAAUCUUGA